AUGCUGGUUUCGAGAGACUUUGCAAUUCGAAACUCCCUGGAAGUUAACACCAACUUGGAGCACAGGCGUGAGAUAGAGUAUGCUGAUGGUUCUCUGGAUACGACUGCUGGUAUUGUUCACCGUGCGAGUUGGAAGUUUCGUAGCUCAAGGGAUACAAUUCCCUGUGAUUUCUACGUGCUUGACAACCUCAAAGUAGACAUUGUAUUCAGCAUUCAUUUCAUCAUGGAACAUGAUGUGUUCUCGAAAUUUGAAGGAGAUAUGGUCGAUACAAGCUUCGUGCAUGGACAAGACUCUGGCGACCUUUACAACAUUCGGCUUAUCAGCCACUACAGCCCCGCACUGGAGACGCUAGAGGACUCUGCAAUCACCGACCUGAACUCAAGAGAGUCUUUCAGCCCCGAAGGAAUAAAAAAGGAACGUGUUCGACGCGAUCAGAUUCGGGACGCGAUCAAUGCUCUUCCCUUAGACCAACAGGUCCAGGCAUUCAUUGCAGAGGGAAACCGACAAGAGAUAUGGGAAUACCGGAGAAGGCAUCUAGAGGGACUCAUCGUUAUCGCCCCGCCAGUCAUUGUCGAUAGGAAGCAACGCUGGUGGAGGAAUCGACCAUUUUGGGGCCGGCUGAAACGAUAUAAACCAGGUAACUCGGGCCUUCUGACAAGAAAGGUGGAUGGAGACUAG